AUGUCUAACAUUUUAGCAUGUUACCAACUCUUGGAACUCAAUGUCAUAUCCGCACAAGACUUGACUUUGGUGGGCCGAUCCAUGAGGACCUAUGCAGUUGCAUGGAUUGACCCAGACCGUAAGCUAUCCACCCGAGUUGAUUCCGAAGGCGGCAAUAACCCGACUUGGAAUGAUAAAUUUGUCUUCCGAGUUGAUGAGGACUUCUUGUAUGACGACACAUCCACAAUUUUCAUUGAUAUCUAUGCCAUUCAUUGGUUUAAGGACAUCCAUGUGGGCACAACCAAUGUCCUUGCCAGCGACAUCCUUCCACCACCAUCAUCGCGACCUUACCAAAAACCCGUGGGUUUGCAGUUUGUGGGGCUCCAAGUUCGACGGCCCUCAGGUCGCCCAAAAGGGAUUUUAAAUGUUGGUGUGGCGAUAAUUGAUAGCUCCAUGCGGAGCAUGCCUCUCUACACACAUGACAACACCCCAGCCAUUGGAUAUUCUCAUGAUCAUCAAAGUCAGCUCAGCCAUGAAGCCAAGCCGGAGCUUCGACGCACGAAGAGUGACACAAGCUCAAUGAUCGGCUCGGAAGCUGUGGCUCACGAGCUGCGAGUCAAAGCUAAAAAGGGCAAAGCAAGUUCCGUAGUUACCCCUUCUGAAGUAAGCACAAAUAGCAAAAAGAAAAAGGGUAGCUCCAAAUUGAGUGGCUCAAAUGUCAAUGCAACCCCAAAGAAGGAUAAAUUAGAGAAAAAAAAUAAAAACUUGAUGGCUCAAGGUUCAUCAAGCCAUUCCAACGCCAUGCAACAAGUUGAUUAUGAAGUUAAGGCGUCACCAAAGCCACAGUUUCAAAACACUCCAUUGCAUAAAAAUGGAGUGAGGGCCACUCCGUUACAUAGUACUUAUAUACAUAAAAAUGAAGUGAGAGCAACUCCAUUGCAUAACACUUAUGUUCAUACGGAUGAUGUGAGAGCCACACCAUUGCAUACUACUUAUGUGCAUAAAGAUGAUGUGAGAGUCACACCAUUGCAUACUACUUAUAUGCAUAAAGAUGAAGUGAGAGCCACACCAUUGCAUACUACUUAUAUGCAUAAAGAUGAAGUAAGAGCAACUCCAUUGCACAAUACUUAUAUUCAUAAAGAUGAAGUAAGAGGCACUCCAUUGCAUACUACUUAUAGACAUAAAGACCAAGUGAGAGCUACUCCAUUGCAUAAUAAUUAUAUACAUAAAGAUGGAGUGAGAGCCACUCCAUUGCAUGUGUUCCCCUUCGCAAAGGGAAACGCAGAUUUGGAAUAUGGCACUCCAUAUAGGUCAAAUAUGGGUCAUCGUCCUGUCAUGACGGACUCCGAGCUAGGUCCAUCAGCUUCAGAGGUGGCAGCGGCCAUGGCAAGACAGCCGGUGGUGGAGGAGGGGGAGAAUUCCACCGUGGGAGGGUGGAGCUUGGAUGAAAGCGUGGAAGGUUUGCAGCCUAAGGUGGAAAGGUGGCAGACAGAGCUACCACCGGUGUAUGAUGGCAGCGAGAUUUCAACCUUGCCGGCGUCCAACAAGAAAGGGAAGCAUUCACGUAGGCACACAGAUGGUGGCAAAGGAAAUGGCUUGUUCUCUUGCUUUAGUGUUAUUUGUGGUGUUGAAUGCUCCAUCGUUUGUGGCGGUGACAGAAAGAAGGACCGGCACCGCCGGUCUCGGACGGUGGACAAUGAAAGCUUCCUAUGA